GCUGGGGCUACAUCGCUCAGAAAUAGAGAGUAUCCCAAAAAAAUAUACAUUCCCUCUAUUCCCCCAGUACAGCGAGCAGCGGCAACCCUCGGCAAUCACUGCUCUCAGAUCUAGACUACAGCACAUCUUGAAAACUCGAACGCCUUUUGACGAGUAAUACAUGAUUUGCCCACCAUGUCUCACGCAUUACUCCUCCGCCUGUUCCUCUCCCCCUACUUCUCCAUCUCCAUCGCCAUGCAGUACCUCAAGACCUAUCCCGACUCUAUUGGUAUAUCCCACUAUCUCUGCUGGCGAAUGAAGAGGAUGCCUGCCGAAGAAGUUGAGUUUUAUUGGCCCCAGAUAUGCCAUUUGUUACUGACUUACCCUACCCAAUCCAAUGCUCUCGAGUCGUUCAUCAUCGCUCGAGCAGAGGAAAGCACCCACUCUGCCAUGCUCACAUUCUGGUUCAUGCAAGCCGCUCUCCGAGACCUCAUCCCAACCCGGCAGACGGAUCCUGUCCCGUUCGCAAUCUGCCAACGCGUCCUGCACCGUUGCCAUGCCAUCAUCUUUGGUGAUCCCCCAGAAUCGUCGCGCUCACCUUACCGCUCUUUACCGCAUUCGCCGUCUACCUCUGCCUUGGGCGUGCUCUCUUCCCUCUCUGGCUCUGGUUCUAACUCUACCGGCAUUCAAAUUGACGAGGGCCAAAGGCAAGGACAAAGGUUUGGCCAGGGGAGAGUGAACUCACAUGCCGCAGCGGCGUUGGUGGGUAUGGGCGUCAUGUUCGCUGGUAUACCCGGUAUGCCCGCUCUAGUCCCCCUCGUAGGCGAAUGGGCUCUCAUCCAAGGGCGCCGACCGAUGGACGAUCUGACAAGUGGAAGGGAUAGGGUGGAAGUGGAUACGGGUGGUGGAGCGGAUGUCAGGCCUGAAAAUGUGGAAAGGAGGAGAAAGGAAAAUGAGAAUGAGAAGGAGGAGAAAGAGGAUGAUAGUGAGUCGGAAGAGGAAGAUGGGCGAGCGCAGAGUAAUGAGAAUACCCAAGGUCAAGGGUACAAGUCGAAUGUUAAAUUCGCCAAAUCAACCGUCAAUCUCGCAAUCACUGGCCCCGCUCAAACAGCGCCCAACCUCUAUUCUCCACCCCGAUCUCCAUCUGCACUUACUCCUUUCUCCGUGAUCGACAUGCCCGAUGAGAAGGAAAGGGAAAAGGAAAAGAAUGGCGGCAUUUCUCGCCGAAAGGGUUCAGACCCAUUCGGUCAACUGUUCAAUGACCGAUCCCCUACUCCACCUAAAUCUGUACACCAACCUUUCCAUUCCGUGCCUUCUUUACCCCGUUCAUCGUCUUAUAACCCCUAUCAUUACUCUGGAGGACCACCCACAGCGGAAGCCAUUCUCGCGACCUACUCGCUCUCUGCGCAAAGACAACUCCUCACAAGUCAUUACUGUAGGAGCGAAGUGAGGUUCUUGCUAUUAUUGGAAGAUAUCAGUAAUAGAUUAUUGGUCAUUCCUAAACCGGCGCGGGUUAGUGCUUUGAGAGCAGAAUUGACGAGUUUGAACCACAACCUCCCAGCCGAAGUGUGCAUGCCUCUAUGGUGUACUGCCGAUCACACCCUUUCUCCUUCCUCUUCUUCAUCCACCUUGAGCCCAUCACCCUCAUCUGGAUCGAACAACCCCUCUUCGUCGGCAAAAAAUCGAGCAUACCAUCCGCGCGGUUCCGCCGUCCCAGGCGGUCACUCUCGAGUUGUACGUAUCUCACCAGGCGAUUCCGUCGUCCUCAACUCGGCAGAAAGAGCACCGUACUUGUUACACGUCGAGAUCCUCCAAGGGGAUCUCGAUUUUGACCCGACGAGAAGGGAAAAUAGGGAGUUGUUGAAGAAAAUCGUGGUAGCGGAGGAUAGAAAAAGGAGGAAAAGGGAUGGGACAUUGGGAGUAGAUGGAAACGGACGUGAAGCUGGUGCUGGCGCCAGAGUACGUAAUGGAGGGUACAGUAAUUGUCGACAAGAAUGGGGAUUAGGGAGUAAAAAAGGAAAAGGGAAAGGAGAAGGCUUCGGAAGUCUCAUGCCUGAUUCUAUCCCUGCCAUCCCGCCUUCUCCUGUCCCAGCUCCAGUCGCAAACUCUUCCAAACCACCUUCUCAAACACCUCUAUCUACCACCGCCGCCACCACUACCACUGCUGGUACCCCCCAGCCUACCCCUCCAGAAGAGGUGGACCUUGUCGAACAACUUUACGGUACUCUCUCCAUCCAUGACGAGAUUCCCGACUUGUCUGAAAUUAUCCCCUUACCGAGUGGGCCGAAGAACAGGGAUUUGGAUAUGAAAGCGUGGGAUCGGGGGUCACCUGUCCCUGGGCGAAUAACCAGCUCAGGUGUGAGUGUGGGUGCGAGUGCGGGGAUAGGAGCGGGUGCGAUGGGCGAUGUGGGGCAAUACGCAACCUCCCCCACGGGAACGGCAACAGGAAGUGAGAUAGGUAAAUCCGGACCGUCUACACCUGGCUUCCCAUCAGUUAAAUCGGGGUUUACCUCACCUUCUCCAUCUUCCUCGUCUGCCUUCACCCCUGGCUUGGUUCAAGCUCAAGGUCAAAGCCCUUCCACCCCCGGACCAAAGAGGGCAAUCACUCUCGAAGAUUAUUCGGAACGUAUGCGCACAGCGGCCGUCAUGCUUGCUCAAUUGAACGCUUCACUUAUACCGAAUGCACCAGAGAACCAAAGUGGGGGUGGAUGGAUACCGGGUACAGGGUGGAUAAGGACUCCAGGCGGUGGUGGAGGCGGUGGAGGGGAAGAAACUGGUGGGAAGCCAGAUGGAUCGGCGGGAGGUAAACUGAAGCUCGCAGCAGCACAAGCGGCAGCGAUAAGAGAACGGAUCAUGCUCGAGAUGAUGGCUCUUGAAGAAGAACGAGUGGAACGUAUGACAGAUCGACCGCCUGGUGCGGAUAUACACAUCCCCACAGCUGAAACGUCUGGAGGAGGUGAAGGCGGAUAUGAGCAUGAUCAUGAACAUGGUACAGCGGAAGACGAAGGGAUUGUGAGGAGAGAGUUGAACAAAGCAGAUCCGUCGGCAGCUGUAUUCAGGGAAAGUUGGUCAGCGAAGAAGAGCAGGAUAAGGGCUGGAAGUCCGUGGGGCCAUCUGGCGAACUGGGAUGUCAUCUCAGUGAUCGUCAAGACAGGUGCGGAUCUAAGGCAGGAGCAACUUGCAACGCAAUUGAUUGAACGGUUCAGCCGAAUUUGGAAAGAGGAAAAUUGUGAUUGCUGGGCCAGAUUCUUCCGAAUCCUUAUUACCGGUGAAACAUCAGGAUUGGUGGAGACUGUGACGGAUGCGGUGUCUGUACAUUCUAUCAAGAAGGGAGAAUAUGCCAAGCGAUUGGCUGAAGGAGGGCCUAUCGGGCAUGUGUCCUUGAUGGACCACUAUGUCAACACAUUCGGUAAACCCGAUUCCGGUCGAUUCGCUCGUGCCCAACGCAAUUUUAUCCGUUCUCUCGCAGGUUACUCUAUCAUCACGUACCUCCUUCAGAUCAAAGAUCGGCAUAACGGGAACAUUCUCGUAGACCAGGAUGGGCACUUGAUCCAUAUUGACUUUGGGUUCAUGUUAAGUAACUCGCCGGGAAAUAUGGGAUUUGAGGCGGCACCUUUCAAGAUGCUUAUGGAGUAUGUGGAUAUCAUGGGAGGAUUGGAUAGUCCUGGUUAUGCGUACUUCAAGAAGCUGUUCAAGGAAGGAUUCGAAGCUGCAAGGAAACAUUCAGAUAGUUUGAUCACAAUUGUCGAGCUCAUGCAGAAGAACUCUAAACUCGACUGUUUUGCUCUCUUUGGUGAUCAGACAGCUGCUCAUUUCCGAGAACGUUUCCAACUAGGUCUCACGACGCAAGCUGUAGACGCAUAUUUGGAACGCCUAAUUGUAACCUCAACCGGGAGCAAUUAUACCAAGCUGUAUGAUACUUUCCAGUAUUACAGUCAAGGUGUCUUAUAAGCAUUAAAGGACAGAGGCAGAAGAGGGAAAAAAAGAGAGGGAAGGCAAAUAGAAGGCUACAAGGGAAUGACAGAUUAUCUUGAAUGGCUUUACGUGUAUUUCUAGAAAACGACAGCAUGCAUGCU